UUCCUGGGCGCCUGGCUGGCCGGGCUGGUCCUGCGGCCGCGGGUGAGUCUCGUCCGCUCGCGCUGCCCACCGCGGCUCCAGCAGCUCCAGGCGCGGUUCCCCGGCCCGCGCGGCUCCCGGCCCCCCGGCUCGGGCGCCUCCCACCGCAGCGCAGGCUCCCCCGCCGGCCGGGCUCCUGCGCGGCGCGGCUCGGCUCAUGCCCCCGGGCGCGGGGCACACAGGCCGGCCGGCAGCCGCUGGGAAAUAGGCCCCCGGGGGCGGCGGCGGCGGCGGGGCCAUGGCGCGGAGACCCCGGGCGCCGGCCGCCUCCGGGGACGAGUUCUCCUUCGUCAGCCCGCUGGUGAAAUACCUGCUCUUCUUCUUCAACAUGCUCUUCUGGGUGAUUUCCAUGGUGAUGGUGGCUGUGGGUGUCUACGCUCGGCUAAUGAAGCAUGCAGAAGCAGCCCUAGCCUGCCUGGCAGUGGACCCUGCCAUCCUGCUGAUCGUGGUGGGUGUCCUCAUGUUCCUGCUCACCUUCUGUGGCUGCAUUGGGUCCCUCCGCGAGAACAUCUGCCUCCUGCAGACGUUCUCCCUCUGCCUCACCGCUGUGUUCCUGCUGCAGCUGGCCGCUGGGAUCCUGGGCUUCGUCUUCUCAGACAAGGCUCGAGGGAAAGUGAGUGAGAUCAUCAACAAUGCCAUUGUGCACUACCGAGAUGACUUGGAUCUGCAGAACCUCAUUGAUUUUGGCCAGAAAAAGUUUAGCUGCUGUGGAGGGAUUUCCUACAAGGACUGGUCUCAGAACAUGUAUUUCAACUGCUCAGAAGACAACCCCAGUCGAGAGCGCUGCUCUGUGCCUUACUCCUGUUGCUUGCCUACUCCUGACCAGGCAGUGAUCAACACUAUGUGUGGCCAAGGUAUGCAGGCCUUUGACUACUUGGAAGCUAGCAAAGUCAUCUACACCAAUGGCUGUAUUGACAAGUUGGUCAACUGGAUACACAGCAACCUAUUCUUACUUGGUGGUGUGGCUCUAGGCCUGGCCAUCCCCCAGCUGGUGGGAAUUCUGCUGUCCCAGAUCCUAGUGAAUCAGAUCAAAGAUCAGAUCAAGCUACAGCUCUACAACCAGCAGCACCGGGCUGACCCAUGGUACUGAGAAUCCAUCCUGCACCUCCUCACCAUGGAAACUGGCAAGCCUCAUAAACGAACAGCAGUGGGUGCUGAGAACAGCACCAAAUGGAGAUUUGGAUUCCAGCCCCCCAGUGACAGCCCAGUGGGAAGAAGCAAACUCCAGAUGGGCAGAAGGCAGGGUGCACAGGUGGCUCCAGUCUCAGGAGGAUGCGCCUCCUCUCCCCCAUCCCAGCCCUCAGCAUUGUGCCAGAGUGAUACCCUUAAGUGUUUGGGUUUAUGUUUUCAGUUUUGUUUGGGAAACAGCAGUUGCACAGAGAGUUGGGGGGUACUGCUGCUGCCUUUUCACCGAGGCACUGCCACCACCAGCUCUACCAGGGAUGCUUCUGAGCUUGGCGGACAUACUUAGAUCCUAACGUGCCAGUGAGACCUGGCUGUGGAGAGUACCACUGGCAGCCCUGCCUGGACUCCACUUGGCAUGAUACCAGCUCCAGAAGGGAAGGGAGUGGAGCAGGCAGUGAGGAGCGAGCCUGGGGGUCGGCUGGGGACAGCCGUAUGUGCUAGGUAGGAGUGGAGGGAGAUAUGUUUACCAAAUGCCUGUCCUGCCAUCCUCCCAGGUAGUCAGAGUGAGCUACAUCCUGCCCCGCCUUCAUUUCCAUGGAAACAUGGCAGCUAGGACACGGGGUACAACAGCAGCCAAAUUCUUCCCCACCUCCCUUACUUCGAAAAAAAGUUUGGAACCCUGGUCCCUAUACUCUGCAGUCAGAAGUGGGACUGAGCCAUACAUGCCCUUGAAUUCCUCCCUGUCUGGCCCUCCCUCUCCAGCAAGCAGGGUUUUCUUUAACUUGGCAGUGUGCAGAGGAGAAGUGGUAACACCCCCACCCCAUUCCCCUGCAUCGGAGCUCAGUAUUCCUACAGGGUAAGAGGUAGGAAUCUUGCUGGGACGAGGGGAGCCAGAAGUGGCAAUAAAAGCGUGUUGACCUGG